UGAACGCAUGAGAGUGUUCAACUCGCGCCAAUAGAAGGAACAUGGAAACUGGUGUCAGUGGUACUAUAUGCAAUAUCUACUCUGGCUUCAACGUUACCAUUGCGAAGAUUCUUACGACGAGUCCUCCUAAAGUAUCCUUUCAAUCAUCCGUACCAAAACAAUAAGUUUGCUACUUGUAGACCACUAUGGAAAAGCCCAUUCUUUCAGUUUCUCCAGAGAACCAGCACUUGAAAGACCGCUUCGAUGCCGAGCUCGGCGCUGCAGCGUUCGAUGAGUCUUGGGCUAGGCUACUCAAACACUCCCCAGAGAUGUUUGCUGCAUCGCUACGCCUGACAGCAGCACCAAGAAAGACAGGUCAUCUCUCCCCCAAGAUCCAGGCGCUGAUCUCUCUGGCUGUAAGCUCAGCAUCAACACACUUGCACGUUCCCAAUAUUCACCGAUAUACGAGCGCCGCCCUAGCAGCAGGCGCUUCGCGAGAGGAAAUCGUCGAAACGCUUUGUCUCACAUCCACACUUGGUAUUCACGCCUCCACAGUCGGCGUACCGAUCCUCUUUGAAGUACUUGAAGAGCGUGGCGAAGCCAUGCCAAAAGGCAUGUCAAAUAUGAGUCCCCAACAACUCGCCCUCAAGCAAGAUUUCGAGACAAAGCGCGGUUACUGGAAUGCGUUGUGGGAAGAAAUGCUGCUUCUCGCACCCGAAUUUUUCGAUGCAUAUACAGAGUUUAGUUCGGUUCCUUGGACAAACGAGGGUGGCAAAGGAGUACUCGAGCCCAAGGUCAAGGAGCUGAUAUAUUGUGCAUUCGAUACUGCAGCAACGCACAUGUACCAGCCGGGACUGAAGCUGCACAUGCGGAACGUGUUGAACUAUGGUGGGACGAAAGAAGAGAUUAUGGAGGUGUUGGAGCUGGCGACGCUUUUGAGUAUCAGUACACUGGAUGUGGGAUUGAAGGUGCUAGACCAUGAGAUGGGUACCCCCCGAGUCUGA